AUGGCGGAUCCAGGGGAUCUGGGGGACGAGGUUACUAAAAAGCUCCAGAAGUUCUCGUUAUCUGCUAAAGAAUCUGGGGGUGUCGAAAUUCAGCGCAGAGACAUUGUGUCGAGUGAGGAGGAAUGUGUGAAUAGCUUGUUUGGGAAAGUGAUUGGUGACCGCAAGGCUUCACUUCUGGGGGUAAAGCGAGCUAUGAGUACAAUAUGGCGUCUCCAUCAAAGAUUAGAGGUUCGUGAACUGGAAACAAAUUUUUUUCAGUUCAUCUUCUCCUCGGAAGAUGAUAGGAAAAGGGUUAUGGCGGGGCAUAGUUGGCUAUUCGAGAAUCAAUAUCUGGUGUUAAGAGAAUGGCGGAGGGGAUUAACCAGUAGACAUCGAAGCUUUGAUCAAGUAAACUUGUGGGUACAUGUUCUAAAUGUCCCUUUUAACUGGAUGAGCAGUGAGGUUGGGUUGAAAAUAGGGGAGGUGUUUGAGGCGGUUAAGAAUGUCACUAUCUGCAGAUUAGGAGGGGACGAGGGCAGCUUCAUUAAGCUAUUGGCAACCAUUAAUACGAAGGAGCCGUUGCCUCGAUGUACAGUGGUGAAGCUCGAAGAUCAGCAGACGAUGGUUCAAUUCAAAUAUGAACGCUUAGUAAAUUUGUGCUACUACUGUGGGUGCAUCGGCCAUCUUGAUAAAAAUUGUGAAACCCGGCUGAUGGAUAUUGAAAACAGAUGUCUGCAAGAAGGGCAAUUUGGGGACUGGCUUAAAGCUGCUGAUUUCAUCUAUGGGAACAGACAUUCGGGUAAUAGUGGCUCAGAACCUAAAGUGAGUUCUCCUGCUCCAAACCCUAAAAUGGAUACCAAUGCUGCAGCUAGUACCUCGAGGCAUCCACCACAUUCUGAGAAAGGGGAGAAUAGGGUAGGGGGCUCUUCUGUUCAUAAAUCUCUUAGUGCUAAAGAGGGGGGUCAAUCUCUGGAGUUGGUGAUGGUGUCCUCUUUGGGUGAGGAAGAGGAGAUUGCUGAAGUGGAGAUCAGGAAAGAGGAUGAUGAGAAGAGGGAUAUCAUGGUGAUUGAAGAAGCUUCUCCAUUGAUAGAUGCUGGAGUUGAAGCUGAAGUGCUGCUGGCUGAUAGUAGGAGAAUAUGGAGAAGAGCUGCAGCUAAAGCUGGUAGACUAUUGAGAAGUCCAGUGAUUGAAGGGAACCCCAUAUCUUUUAGUGGCUGGAAAAGGGAGAGAAAUAAGGAGCAAGAUCUUCAAGAGCCUGAGAAGAGCAAAGGCGGCCUUUUAUUGAUGUGGGAUCAGGAGGUUGAAAUCAGAAAACUUGAGGGAAAUGAAUUCUGUAUCCAGCCGGCGCCGGUUUCAUCAGAUUUUCCGUUAAUGGGAGUUUUCACGUUCGCCGGACUCCACACCCCUUUCAUCCCCGCUCAUGAUUCCUUCAACCGUCAAUCAUUUCCUUCCAUUCUCACUUCGUACAAAGCCCAUCGCCAUGAUUAUCGAAUUAAUCGAACCGUCCGUUCCUCGGUCGCGGAAGGCGGUCCUGUCUCCACUUCCACUUCUCCGGGAAACGAUGAGCAUCGUACAAUGUUGGAUUGCGUGAUCGUCGGAGCUGGAAUCAGCGGCCUCUGUAUAGCGCAGGCCCUAGCCACAAAGCACCGCACCUCUAAUGUCGUGGUAACGGAGGCCAGAGAGCGCGUGGGUGGAAACAUCACCACCGUCGAAAGGGAUGGUUAUCUCUGGGAAGAAGGUCCGAAUAGCUUCCAGCCCUCUGAUCCCAUGCUCACCAUGGCGGUGGACAGUGGGUUGAAAGAUGAGUUAGUGUUGGGAGACCCCAAUGCGCCUCGUUUUGUGUUGUGGAAUGGCAAGCUGAGGCCAGUGCCCUCCAAGCCUACUGACUUGCCAUUCUUUGACUUGAUGAGCUUUCCUGGGAAACUCAGAGCCGGUUUUGGGGCGAUCGGUCUGCGACCGCCCCCUCCGGGUCAUGAGGAAUCAGUUGAAGAGUUCGUGAGGCGCAACCUUGGCGAUGAAGUCUUUGAACGGCUGAUAGAGCCAUUUUGCUCUGGUGUUUAUGCUGGGGAUCCAUCGAAAUUGAGCAUGAAAGCGGCAUUUGGGAAAGUAUGGAAGCUGGAGCAAACUGGUGGUAGCAUCAUUGGCGGAACGUUCAAAGCAAUCCAGGAGAAAUCUAAAAGUCCUAAGGAAUCUCGAGAUCCGCGCUUACCUAAACCACAAGGGCAAACAGUUGGAUCAUUCAGAAAAGGCCUGUCAAUGUUACCUAAUGCAAUUUCCUCAAGCUUAGGAGAAAAAGUGAAGUUGUCAUGGAGACUUGUCACUAUUGCUGCACUUGAUGAUGGAGGAUAUUCCUUAACGUAUGAAACCCCAAAGGGAUUAGCAUCUCUGAAGAGUAGGUGUGUGGUGAUGACUGUUCCCUCCUAUGUGGCAAGUGGAAUAUUACGUCCACUUUCGGAUGCGGCUGCAGAUGCAUUGUUAAAAUUUUAUUACCCACCUGUUGCUGCUGUCACCAUAUCAUAUCCUAAACAAGCAAUUCGUGAAGAAUGUCUGAUUGAUGGUGAACUAAAGGGGUUCGGGCAGUUGCAUCCUCGUUCCCAAGGAGUGGAAACUUUAGGAACUAUAUACAGCUCAUCACUGUUUCCUAACCGUGCUCCACCCGGAAGGGUUCUUCUCUUAAACUACAUUGGUGGAGCUACCAAUUCAGGAAUUACAACGAAGACGGAUGGUGAGCUUGUGGAAUCGGUGGACCGUGACCUUAGGAAGAUGCUUAUAAACCGUAAUGCAACAGAUCCGCUUGUCCUAGGAGUGCGUGUGUGGCCACAAGCUAUUCCACAAUUUUUGGUGGGCCACCUGGAUGUGUUGGAUGACGCCCGAACUGCUCUGAGAAAACGUGGGGUUAAGGGUGUCUUUCUUGGGAGCAAUUAUGUCUCGGGCGUAGCAUUAGGCAGAUGCGUGGAGGGUGCAUAUGAUGUUGCAGCAGAUGUGAAAGAUUACUUGUCGCAGUUUACGUGUAGAUGA